GCGGCAUUUCACGACGUCGGCGGUGAGAGGCCCUGGAAACCUCCGACCUCCUCCCGAAGCAGGGCGAGGGCUAGCCAGCGCGAUGUUCGGUGCGGGCGACGAAGACGACACCGACUUCCUCUCGCCUAGCGGCGGUGCCAGAUUGGCUUCUCUUUUUGUACUGGAUCAAGCAGCUGCUGGCCAUGGAAAUGAAUUCUUCCAGUACACAGCCCCAAAGCAGCCUAAGAAAGGCCAAGGAACAGCACCAACAGGAAAUCAGGUGACACCAAAAACAGCACCCACCACAACAGGCACUUCCACAGUAUUGGUUGCAACAGCAGUCCAUGCAUAUCGUUACACAAAUGGUCAAUAUGUAAAGCAGGGCAAAUUUGGUGCCGCAGUCCUAGGAAAUCACACAUCCAGAGAGUAUAGGAUUCUUCUUUAUAUCAGUCAACAACAGCCAGUCACUGUUGCCAGGAUUCAUCUGAACUUUGAGUUAAUGGUUCGGCCCAAUAACUAUAGUACCUUUUAUGAUGACCAGAAACAAAACUGGUCCAUCAUGUUUGAGUCGGAAAAGGCUGCCGUGGAGUUCAAUAAACAGGUAUGCAUUGCCAAGUGCAACAGCACCUCUUCCCUGGAUUCAGUGCUGUCACAGGACCUCAUUGUAGCAGAGGGCCCUGCUGUAGAAAUUGGAGAUUCUUUGGAAGUGGCUUAUACUAGCUGGCUCUUUCAAAACCAUGUGCUAGGCCAGGUUUUUGACUCCACUGCUAACAAAGAUAAGCUGCUUCGUCUGAAAUUAGGAUCAGGAAAAGUCAUCAAGGGCUGGGAGGAUGGAAUGGUAGGCAUGAAGAAAGGAGGUAAGCGAUUGCUUAUCAUCCCUCCAGCCUGUGCUGUUGGCUCUGAAGGAGUAAUAGGAUGGACUCAAUCAACGGACUCAAUCCUGGUAUUUGAGGUGGAGAUUAGGCGGGUCAAAUUUGCUAGAGAUUCUGGCUCUGAUGCACACAGUGUUAGUUCCCGGGAUUCUGCAGCCCCUUCUCCCAUACCUGGUGCUGACAGCCUGUCUGCUGAUCCUGUUGUGUCACCGUCCACAUCGGUGCCUUUCAAACCAGGGGAGUCAGCUCUUCGUUCCAAAUCUAACUCCCUCAGUGAUCAGCUUACAAUGAAUACAAGCCCUGAUACAGUCAAGGCCAAGUUGAUCUCUCGGAUGGCUAAAAUGGGCCAGCCCAUGCUGCCCAUCCUUCCACCACAGCUGGAUUCCAACGAUUCAGAAAUUGAAGAUGUGAAUGUUCUUCGAGGAGCCAGGCAGCCCACGGUGACUUCGUCCAUCCAGCCCUCUCUUCAGCCAGCCCAUCCAGUGCUACCACAGGUGACCUCACAAGCACCUCAGCCAUCCGUUUCUGGACUCCAAGCACCAUCUCCUGCCUUAAUGCAAGUUGCAUCUCUUGAUUCCCACUCAGCUGUGUCUGGAAAUGCCCAGUCCUUUCAGCCCUACGCAGGUAUGCAAGCCUACGCUUAUCCCCAGGCAUCAGCUGUCACUUCCCAGCUGCAGCCCGUUCGGCCCCUGUACCCAGCACCUCUCUCGCAGUCUCCCCAUUUUCAAGGAUCAGGUGACAUGGCUUCAUUUCUCAUGACUGAAGCCCGGCAACAUAACACUGAAAUUCGAAUGGCAGUCAGCAAAGUGGCUGAUAAAAUGGAUCAUCUCAUGACUAAGGUUGAAGAGUUACAGAAACAUAGUGCUGGCAAUUCUCUGCUCAUGCCUAGCAUGUCAGUUACAAUGGAAACAAGCAUGAUUAUGAGCAACAUCCAGCGAAUUGUUCAGGAAAAUGAAAGGUUGAAACAAGAGAUCCUUGAGAAGAGCAGUCGGAUAGAAGAACAGAAUGACAAGAUUAGUGAACUAAUUGAACGAAAUCAGAGGUAUGUUGAGCAGAGUAACCUGAUGAUGGAGAGGAGGAACAACUCACUUCAAACAGCCACAGAAAACACACAGGCAAGAGUUUUGCAUGCUGAGCAAGAGAAGGCCAAGGUGACGGAAGAGUUAGCAGCAGCCACUGCGCAGGUGUCCCACCUGCAGCUGAAAAUGACCGCCCACCAAAAGAAAGAAACGGAGCUGCAGGUGCAGCUGACAGAAAGCAUGAAGGAGGCUGACCUCCUCCGGAGCCAGCUCGCCAAACUGCAGACAGAGCUCUCCGAGCUCCAGGAGACCGCUGAGCAAGCAGAGUCCAAAUUCAAGAGUGAAAAGCAAAGCCGGAGACAGCUGGAACUCAGAGUGACGUCCUUGGAGGAGGAGCUGACUGACCUUAGAGCUGAGAAGGAGUCUCUGGAAAAGAACCUCUCAGAAAGGAAAAAGAAGUCAGCUCAAGAGCGCUGUCAGGCUGAGGAGGAGAUAGAUGAAAUUCGCAAGUCACACCAGGAGGAAUUGGACAAACUUCGACAGCUCUUGAAAAAAGCUCGGGUGUCCACAGACCAGGCAGCUGCAGAGCAGCUGUCUCUAGUACAGGCUGAGCUGCAGACCCAGUGGGAAUCCAAGUGUGAACACCUGUUGGCCUCUGCCAAGGAUGAACACCUGCAGCAGUACCAGGAGGUGUGUGCGCAGAGGGAUGCCAGCCAGCAGAAGCUGCUCCAGCUUGAAAAGAAGUGUUUAGCCCUCCAGGCCCAAGUCACAGCCCUGACAGAGAAAAAUGCACAGUACAUCAAGGACCUGGAGAACAAGUCCCAGUUGUCCACGGCUGAAGCUGCGUCUACUGACCCCUCAGAGAAGGUCAAGAAGAUCAUGAACCAGGUGUUUCAGUCCUUGCGGGGAGAGUUUGACUUGGAGGAAUCUUACAAUGGCAGAACCAUUCUGGGGACCAUCAUGAACACCAUCAAGAUGGUGACUCUUGAGCUGUUAAACCAACACGAGCGAGAGAAGGGAGGGAGCAGCGAUGAAGAGGAAGAAGAGGAGGGAGGGGAGCAACCUCAGACACCUUCCCAGGAGUUGCCUGUCUUGGCCAGUUCUGGACGGUCUCAGACGCCCUUGAAUGGGGAGAAGCAGGAGCCCCCCACGGUGCCACCAGAGCAUGGGGUCCAGGAAGCUGUCCCGCUGCCUCCUCAGGCCCUCCCCAGUCCCCAGGAUGAUGUGCAGGGAAGGGAAAGGGACUCCUCAGAAGCAGAGGCGCUCUCAGAGGCAAAAGAUGACUCCUUCCCUUCUGAACUGGCUGGCGCUCCCUCUGGAAAAGCUCUGAGGCCCCCGACUUCAAUUCCCCCCGAGCCUCCAGGCCCUGUGACUGUGGACUCUGAGUGCGAGGAAACACUAGUUGCCAGCCCACUGGGAAAUGCCUGUGUUGGGGAGCAGGAACGCUCCAUGAGGUUGUCCCUGACCUCAGACCCUGAGAAGGGGGACCCACUGACCUCAGGGCCUGAAAGUCCAGGAGCAGAGCCUCAGGCUCCAGGGCUCAAGAAAGACGAUGUCACCAGCCCCGCUGCUCCCUCCCAGGAGCCGUGCAGCACAGAGGCAGCCUCUGCGGCCGUAGGAGCAGCGCCCGGAUCCAGCCACUGUGCUCAGCGUUCCAGUCUCUCUGAGGAUGAAGAGGAUGAACUGUUUAAAGGAGCAACUCGGAAAGUUCCAAGGCCCAAAGCACAGGCUGAGGAGGAGGAUGAAGAUGAGGUGAGCAUGAAGGGACGCCCGCCCCCAACACCCCUUUUUGGAGAUGAUGAUGAUGACGAUGACACUGACUGGCUGGGAUGAAGACCCAGGAAACUGGUGCAAAGGUUUCUCUGCUGACCCUUCCCUAAGCAUGAUUUUGCACAACAGCCCUGGGUCUAGACGAGGCACAGGGUGAGGUGAAGGUGAGCAUUCUGAGAACAGUAGUUCAGAUAUCUGAGAUAGCCAGCUUCUGAGCCCCGCCUGCCUGGGUGAAGAGGAGUAUGAACCUGUCUUCAGAACGCUGGCGACCGUCAACAGCCCGCCAUGAUCCCACCUCAGAGUCCCCCAUGGAGUAAGGGCUGGGGGGUUCCCCUCCAGCCAGUCCCUACGACAGUCCUGCCCUCUCCCAAGCUUUUUAUUCUCUUAACUCUCAGACUGAUCUGCCUCUCAGUGCUCAGCUGUGUCCCAGCAACAAGACUGUCACCUGGGGUGAGGUCUCCCCAGUAGAACCGAGAGUAGGUUACACCAUCUAAACCCGGUUCAGUUAACAGCCUUGCCUGCAGUCCUGGGACAUACGUCUUUUCUUUGCCUUAAAUCUGAUAUAAGAGGUCAAUGAAUAUUUGAUUUUAACAAAACUAAAAUAAAUGUCUGCAAUGAAACUUGA